UGUGUGCGAUUUCUGGCUCAUAACAAUCCCCGGCGAUGGAUAUGGACACGUCAAGUUUUGUAAAUACAAACUUUAGCAGUGCUCUGGUACGAGAGAAGGGAAACCAACCAACCGGGGCUUGAAAUUCAAAGUGAAGGCUGUUGCUUGUAGCGUUAACAGAUAACUGAACUAAUCGGUUGUAGUUAACGUCAAGUCAUUUUGCCCGAUAGCUAUUAUGUGUUCCUGUAACGUAAACAGAUCACUUAUCUGAACUGUUAACUUCUUGUACGUCAGACUUUCCUGUCACGUUUUUCCACACAAACGGUUGUGUUUCUGUUGGGCGUAACGGCUCCGGCUAAUCCAUACAGCAAGUAUUAAACAGAGGCACAAUAGCCAUCCUGUUGGUUACUAUUUCACUGAAUGCGGUGGAAAAUCCCGUAAAACUACAUAAGUUAGCUGGUAAAUAUUGCAUCACGGUUAUCCGGAUAACACUGCGAGUUUUGAUGUGCUUUUCUUUCGCUGGAGAGUAAUUAGUUACAAAUGAUCUCUAUUUAUAAUCAGAUGAUACUAGAUAUAGAUAAAUAUACAUUGUUGUCGUUCAUUUUAAAACAAUACACACUCGCAUUUUCAUAAAAAACAUAGAGUUUUGUAUUGACAGUGUUAAAAACACUAUAUUUAAUGUCUUAUCUGGCCCGUGAGAUUCCGCUUUAUGAGAUCAGUAUCGCUCCAAUAUUGAUCUGGUGUAUUAAAAUGGUGAGAGAAAACACAUAAUGUAUUAAAAAGUUAGUAAAGUCUGUCUUAAAGCAAUACUAACAUGCUCAUGUGUGCAUUUAAAGUGUUAUUGGUCACUUUUAUCAUUCCUGCUGCCCAUGCAGGCCUCAAAGUGAUCCCUUUCUGGGGUGAUUUCCGUAGUGAUUUGGGGACAAAAUCUCUCCCUGAUCACAUUAGCUCCAUGUUGGCUUUAUGAGACGGCAUCAUGCUGGUUCAGUUUGUUAGUCUUGUCGGAAUUUUUCAGAAUAAACUUAGAAUUUCUAAGCUAUUUGUAUGAAACACCCUCUGUGUCCUGAUGUGAUCAUAAAAAUACAAUAAAAUGUUUGCUAAUAUCUUGCCAAUGUUGCAGCUGCAAUAACCAUUGUGCAUGUAUUUGCUGUCUGUCCUCCUGCAGCACCAUGAGUCUUCGAGAGAUCAACGAGAACGUGAAGCUGGCCCGCGAAUACGCCUUGCUGGGAAACUACAGCUCGGCCAGCGUUCUUUACCACGGCUUGCUGGAACAAAUCAAGAAGUACGUGUACACUGUGCGGGACAGCAGUUUUCAGCAGAGAUGGCAGCAGCUGUGGCAGGAAAUCAGCGAAGAGAAUCGACAAGUUCAGGACAUAAUGGCGACUCUGGAGAACUUUCAACUGCACACGACGCCCGCUAAACCCAGUAUCCACGACGAUUGCGAAAUAAGGCCUGUGCCCGUGGAGCAGCGACAUUCUCCUUGUCCCGUCAGGCGGCCAGCCAACCCCUAUAAAGACAGCAAAGCUCCCAACAACAGGCUGAGCGUGGCUGUGAGGGCCCAGCAGAGGAACUCGCCCCGUGGGGCCAACGGGGACAGAGGCAAACCGUCCAAAGGCAAAGAGAAGAAGGAGGCCGCUGGCAAAGUAAAGGAUGACAAGAACAAAGCAGAUGUCCAGGAGAAAGAAGUGAAGAAGUUUGACGGCGCAGGAUGUGAUAAAGACCUCGUGGAAGCUUUGGAGAGAGAUAUUAUAUCUCAGAAUCCAAAUGUCAAAUGGGACAGCAUUGCAGACCUGGUAGAUGCCAAAAAGCUCCUGAAAGAAGCGGUCGUGUUGCCGAUGUGGAUGCCAGCAUUUUUCAAAGGCAUUCGAAGACCGUGGAAGGGAGUGCUUAUGGUGGGACCUCCUGGCACGGGGAAAACACUUUUGGCCAAAGCAGUUGCCACAGAGUGCAGAACCACAUUCUUCAACGUCUCCUCGUCCACUCUCACCUCCAAGUACAGAGGGGAGUCUGAAAAGCUAGUUCGCCUUCUCUUUGAAAUGGCUCGUUUUUACGCUCCCACUACGAUCUUCAUUGAUGAAAUUGACUCCAUGUGCAGCCGUAGAGGGACUUCAGAGGAACACGAGGCCAGCCGGAGAGUCAAGGCAGAGCUCCUGGUGCAGAUGGACGGUGUUGGUGGAGCGUCAGAAAACGAUGAUCCAUCAAAGAUGGUGAUGGUGCUGGCUGCCACAAACUUCCCGUGGGACAUCGAUGAGGCUCUGAGAAGACGGCUGGAGAAGAGGAUCUACAUCCCCCUGCCUUCAACCGACGGGCGAGUGCAGCUGCUCAAGAUCAACCUGACGGAGCUGGAGCUGGCCAGCAAUGUUGACUUGGACAAGAUUGCAGAGCAGUUGGAGGGUUACUCAGGAGCCGACAUUACCAAUGUGUGCAGGGACGCCUCUCUGAUGGCCAUGAGGCGUAGAAUCGAGGGCCUCACGCCAGAGGAGAUCCGUAACAUCUCCCGGGACGAGAUGCACAUGCCCACCACCAUGGAGGACUUUGAGUCCGCUAUGAAGAAAGUGUCCAAGUCCGUGUCUGCCACUGACCUGGAGAAGUAUGAGAAGUGGAUCGAAGAGUUUGGGUCCUGCUGAAAAACACCAGUAUCCGAAAUGUGUAACUGUUGUUGUAGGAUGAUGAGUGUGUGUGUGGCAGGUUGUGGUGGUGGAGUUUUCUGAAUCAUUCAGGUUGAAGAGUAGGUUUAUAUUUAAAAGUGGCACCUCUUCAUAUUGUACAUUACGUUAAUGUUAUGCAAAACAGGGACUCAAGACUCAACUUGAUGUUUGAAAAUGGUUAUUUCUCACAAAUUACAUUUCUUUUAUUGAUCCUGAAAUCAUCUACAAGACAAAGUCAACUGUAGCUUUGAAGAAAAACUGACAUUUGUGAGAACGUCAUUUUUGAUUUCAUUUCCAGAGAUGUUUUCCUGCUACUCUGCUCUCCCAAGUGUCAUAUUUGUUUUGUACCAUUAUAUUUAAUCGUAUCAAAUGUUAUUCCUGUUUUGUAUUUUUAUCAAACACACUUAAUUUUACGUGUGUGAACUGUAACACUAGCAAAGAUAUUUCUAUGAAUAAAGUU